AUGCCUUCUCAAUUGGUGGACGAUUGCAUCCGCCUGGACCUCCUGUGCCGGCUACGAUGGAAUCUAAUGACCAGCUUGCACAAUAUUGAGAUUGUGGUGGGGUCCGAGGACGAAGAAAAGAUUCUCCCGCUGAUCGACCACCCCUACGCGGACGAAGAGAUUAGCGAGCCUGGACUGAGCCGCAUCGAGGUGAACAGCUGCGAAUGUCUCGAAAAAUUCGACCUCUCGUACGAUUCUAGCCCUGAGGAGGACGGCUAUCGACCCCCACCUCCUCUAAUCAUUGAGAACGAAGACGGAAAGCACAUCACAUUGCGGCAAUUUGUUACCGAAGUACAUGCCUAUCUCAACGAGCAUCUGGCUGAACUCAAGAAAGCCCAGCGCGUAAUGGCCGCCGAGCCUUGGUCAGAAACAAUGUUGUACUACAGACGCGCCUGGCCAAGAAGAACCGAUGAUGGUAAUAUCAUCGUGAACGUCGAGAUGAUGCCUCGGGCGCCUGCGCCGACCUCGUCGAUAGUCUAUCGGACCCAUCCUGCCGAGGUGACAUACUCUAUGAAAUCGAGCGAUGUCUCGCUCGUAGGCAAGACGCUGAACGAGAAGUGGAAUCCUGGCAAGGUCAAAUUAUCCUACAGCAGGAUCGUGACGGAGAUCAUGGCGGUCAAUAUCACCACCUUUGUCGAAGUCGUGCCUGCGGGUGGAAGGGUGACGUAG